UCCAGAGCAAGAAAAAGAAAGAAAAAAAUAUAAAAAAAAUCCGUCUCUUCUUCCCAAUCCUAGGCGCCUCCCGGUGCUCUGCUCCGCCUCCGCCUCCGCAGAAGCCGCCGCCGCUCGCCGCUCGGCGCUCGCCGCUCGCCGCACCGACCCAGCGCUGCCACCUCUCUUCCUCAUCGUCGUCGUUGUCUUGCCCGCGUGGGAAUCCUCCGUGUCUAGCUGGAGAUAAAAUUUCCCUUUGAAGAUGGUUCAACUCUUUUUUCAAGGGUCCAAAGAUGGUGCUAGUGUUAAUACAGAUGCUGUAAAAGCAAGGCGAUUUCUUCUUGACAAGGUUGAGUCUUUAAUCAGGUCGGUUAUAAAGUCUGGUGGCGGGUAUGAGGCUCGGCUGUGGCUAUGCAGUACUGUCUCAUCCAUUCAUUUGCUUGACCUAUAUGAUCAGCGGGACCUGUUUCUCAAUCUAUUGGGGAUGAAGAACUCCAAACGGGAUGUUGCUGCCCGCUUGCUCCGAAUGAUUUUUGAGAAAAAGCCCCAAAAGGCAGGUUCUAUUCUGGCAAAGAAAUGCCAGAUGCUAGAGGAGUUUUUCCAAGGGAACCCAAAGCGGAUAAUGCAGUGGUUUGGCCACUUUGCUGUUACUGGGGAAUCAACACAUAAGAAAGGAGCCAGGGCACUUUCUCAAUUUGCAUUUGUGAAUCGUGAUAUUUGUUGGGAAGAGCUUGAGUGGAAAGGCAAGCAUGGGCAGUCUCCUGCUGUUGUUGCUACCAAGCCCCAUUAUUUUUGUGACCUCGAUGUUCUGCGGACUGUGGAAAAUUUCCUGGAGUAUGUUCCAGACUUUUGGUCUUCUAAAGAGCUAUCUGAUUCCGUCAAAGACGGGGAAAUACUGCAGAUUGACACAGAAUAUUUUGUAGAUCAAUAUGUGUAUUUGAUGUAUGAGGAGAAUUCUAGAGAUGUAUGGCAGUUAGUUGAAGAAUUUUUUAUGGAUGAGCCGUUUUCUUCCCUUUCUCAACAUCUUCUUAUUCAUCUAGAUGAACAAAGGCUUCUUAAAUUCUUGAGAGCUUUGGGGAAACUAGUCAAUCCAAAUUCACAGUGCAAGGAGAUGGCGUUCCCAUGCUGUUGGCUUGAGGUUCUUUUGUCAGUAUAUGGUGAUCACAUAUCUCUUGAUGAACUUGUACUAUUGAACUGUGCCAUUGCCAAGGGCAGACAGCUUUGGCGCCUCAUGAGUGAUGAAGAGCAAGAGGAAGAACAAGGACAGUUGAAAGAGCUUCUGAAGGGCACUAAUCAAUUGACUGAUGCUGAUCAUUUUGCUCUCAUGAAGGGACUUGUCGAUUCAAAACUUCCUGACACACUUAAGUGGAUAGGCAUACAAUCCUGGGUAGUUUUCUGUGAAUUGUCAAAUGAGUGCAAAUCAGCUGAUUCCUGUGAGCAUCUGUUCACUUGUAACAAAAUAGAAUAUCGCAAAGCUGAUGAUUACUCAUUGGUCCAAAAUGAUGGGAACUCAAUUGCACCAGACAGUGAUGAUGAGGAUCUCAUAAGAGGUAGCCAUAAAAGGAGAAAGAGAGACCGAAAGAGAAAGCGGCGGAGAUAUGAUUCUGAUGGGGACGAUCUUGAUCAGCUGCUUGAACUUGGUACCUCCAAUAGGAGAAGUAUUGAAUCGCACCAUGGAAGUUGGUAUCUUUCAACUGAUGGCUUUUCUGCUUCAUGGGACAUGGCAGACAUACCAGAUCACCUUUCUUCUCAUUAUCUAAGAACAUGGUUGAAGUUUGCUUGCUUUAGAUGAUCCUCAGAAGUCAGAACAUGUGUUUGAUAAUCUUGCUAGCUUUCUGGCGAAUUCUUGGGGGGGCUAAGAGAUAUAUGUACAAUCCUCAUUCCGUUUUCCAUCGUCAGACUCAGAUGUGCAAUCUUGAGGUCCUGAAUUCUGAGAAUUCAUUCAUUAUUUUCGGACGUGUCAACCGCCACUGCAUCUAUGACCAUUUGAC